GUAUCUGCAGCUAGUAAACGAAAUACGUGCGACUUCAGGCUUGCGCAACUUUGACUUCUCGACCAGGCUUCGCAUUGCUGCAAUGAAAAUUUAGGUAAAGUAAAUAGGUAGUACAGUACCCAGAUGCCACGUGGUGGAACCGCAGGGAAACAGCCCGACACAGUAGGCGCGAAAACAAAAGCAGGCGCCGCACCUGCAGUCACCAAGGCGCCAUUGAAAGCAACAAGUAGCAAGGAAACCGCAAAGGAGGCCUUGAGGAUGGUUGGCGCAGUGGCGGAUGCCGGUGGCACGGUGGACCUGGUGGAACUGCAGAAGAAGCGGAAAGAGCUUGCGGACCAGCUGCGGAAGUGCGAGACACAGAUCCACCAACUGGAGACGCAGUACCUGGAGAUGGCCAACCCCCAGGGCAACGCAUUGAGAGGCUACGAGGGCCUGCUCAGCUCCAUGUCUGCGGCCGCGGCUGCGGAGAAGAAGGGCGCCACCUUCAGAGGCGAGGACCGCAUCUUCAGUGGCAGCAGCACCACUGGGCGCGGCGGGGGCGGCGCCUGAGAGCAGGGAGGCGGAUGCGGGGAGCAGGAGUCAGGAGACAACAACGGCGGGGAGAGAAGGGAGAUGGGAUUGGAGAUGGAGAGGGCUGUGGGGGCAGAGCGGGGCCUGGGUGCCUCUGAUUGUUGAGAAGGUUGGCGUGUGGGGGCCGGUGCGGCUUGCGUGCUGCUUGGCAGCGGGGAGGUGUACAUGCCUGAGCCCAACGGACAAGUCCCAUCAUCAUUGAGAAGCCCUUUCGCGAGAGGGGGCCGGGGGAACUGAGUGAGAGCCGAAUGAGGAGGAAGAUGGAAGUACGGUUGACAGCCAGGGCGCUGGGCGCGUGCGCAACAGGGGUGGGGAAUCGGACAAGGAGGCAUGCACUAGGGCAGACAUGCAUACGUGUCGUCUCUGCUGAGGUGCUAGUGAGGAGGCGCAGCAAUGCAGCAUGCAAGGUCUUGGCACCUGCAUGAGCCAAUCGCGAAAUGCGCUCAUGUGAGUCAUGUCAUCAUGUGGGCGGGAAGCCGGGCAGGAGGUUGCCUCCCACAGAAAUGUGGCGCUGUGGCGGUGCUUGACGUGAAUGCCGGACGGUCUUGCGAAGGGCGGCUGUGGGGACACGGUCUGAUAGCGCUGGCUUAAGCGCAUCCUGGCGGAUAGACGGUGUGAGGGCCCGCAAAAUGAGUUGAGGUGUGGAAACACAGCCGUGACACCCCCGGCGCGCGCGGCGUGGCGGCAGUGGUGUAGAUCCCGGGUCGCGACCCAAGCCGUCCUCCAUGUAAGAGUCCUGAACU